AACGUCCCAGCGUCAUCAGUGGAAGAGACGGCAGAUACUUCGUUAUGUCUGAUCCUGAACUUAUACAGACGAGUCACAUGGAUGCACCAGGCGCUGAGGGAGGGCACACGGGCCUCCAGCGUGGAGCAGAUCCGGGAGGUGGCAGGGGGCGCUGCUCGCAUCCGGGGAGAGACUCUUGGUAUUAUCGGUUUAGGGCGAGUUGGUCAGGCUGUGGCUCUUCGCGCCAAGGCAUUUGGUUUCGGUGUGAUCUUUUAUGACCCCUAUCUGCCUGAUGGUGUGGAGCGCUCCCUGGGACUGCAGCGCAUGGCCACCCUUCAAGACCUGCUCAUACACUCAGACUGUGUGUCUCUGCACUGCAGCCUAAAUGAGCACAACCACCAUCUUAUUAAUGACUUCACCAUCAAACAGAUGCGCCAGGGGGCCUUUCUGGUGAACACGUCGAGAGGGGGUCUGGUGGAUGAGAAGGCGCUGGCUCAGGCGCUGAAAGAAGGCCGGAUACGAGGGGCUGCGCUGGACGUCCAUGAGACGGAACCCUUCAGUUUUUCCACAGGCCCUCUGAAAGAUGCCCCCAAUCUAAUCUGUACCCCGCACACAUCCUGGUACAGCGAGCAGGCUUCAGUCGAGGCCCGGGAAGAAGCAGCUAGAGAAGUCCGACGUGCCAUCACCGGCCGCAUCCCUGACAGUCUAAAGAACUGUGUGAACAAAGAAUAUCUGCUGGCCGCCUCUCAGUGGCCCAGCAUGGAGGCCGCCACGGUUCAUCCUGAGCUCAAUGGAGCAUCGUACAGAUUUCCUCCAGGCCUGAUCAAUGUGGCAGCAGCAGGGGGUCUCCCAGGAGCAGGAGCAGGGGUGGACAGCCUGGUUUCAGGGAUGGCACACGGCAUCACCCCUGUGACCCACCCUCCUCAUGCCCCAUCUCCGGGACAACCCACCAAGGCCGAAGCCGACAGAGACAUCCCCUCCGACCAAUAGCCCCCUCCGCCAGCGCCAGCACAUUCCUCUGCUCCGGAAACCCCUCCCCUCCACACAUCGACGGCACCAGUCCGACCUGACUACACUGUAUCUCACACCUCGAGCCCUGGAGUGACCUGUCCUCUACCGCCCAUCUCACCCCCAUGUCACCCCCACCUCCCCUGACCCCCAACACAACCCCACCACCACCCCACAAUGUCAGCAAUAACUGUUCUCAAGGAUUCGGUGAUAGGACUGGUUCAUUUUCUUAUUGGCUGUUGUUUUAAUGGAAAUCUAUUGUGGUUCUAGUUGUUAAUGUUUGUUUAUUUUGGAAAAAGAGAAAGCAUUUCGAAUUUGGCUUUGUACCUCUAUUUGUCCUAAUUCAGACCAGUUGAGGUUAAAGGUCCUGUUGUUUCUACAUAUAACUGCUCCUGUUACUGCUUUAUACUUAUUAUUUUCUUGAAACCCUUUUCAUAGGGAGAUUUGCGCUAAAGUUCAUCAGAAAGUCAUUAUAGAUUCGAUUUCCGACAUUACCACCAAGCAGCAUUUUGGCCCUCCCAUUUCUUUGGCGCUCCCUGGCACUGUCUUAAGCUCAAAGGACACAGAUUACUAUUAUUAAGUAUGUAUCCUCAUUUCCUAACAAAGCUCUUAACCUUUUAAUACCUCCUAGGGUUGUCAUCCCUGUUAAGGCCCACUUUGUUUUUGCCCUUUCAAAUUGCAGUGGCGCAUAGAACUGAGUGAAUAUUGUGCCCACCCAAAUGCAGAUUUUCUGUAUAGCUGAAAUCAUUGGGUCUUCACCAGCAGAGGGCACUGUCUGACUUUGUUGUUCAGACGGUUGGCUUCAGUGCAGGACCAGAACCGGUGACCAGGGAUCGAACCAUUGCCUUUUAUGUUUUAAAGAUCUCACCACACCCCCCAUCUCCACUCCUCCCCUCAGCCUCCCACACCAGCAUGCAUCCGCCAUCUUCCCCCGUGUGAGUGAUAGGACUACAUUUGUGCAUGCUGGCUUCUCAUUGACAAAGGUUGUGUAUGUGUGUGCGUGUGCAAUUCUGUGUGCACGUUUUUGUUCCCUUAAAACCCUUUCAAGGAUGACGAGCCGUUGUCUUUCCAAAGGAUGUCCCUAGGAGUAACUGUUUUUAACGCUGUUGCCCUGGUGUGAAGGGAACACCUUUCUAGUACCUCAGUAACAGAUAUUGAAUGUACCGUGCAUACCCUUUUAUUUUUUGUACAGAUUUUCUAGAUGACUUCUUUAAUAAUAGUCUUUACCAGAAGGGUUGUGAACUUGUAGCAGUAACGAUUCAUGAGAAAAUAAAGCAUCAUCAUCGCCAUCGCCCCAUUAAAAUGAAUUGACAGAAUAUUUCUAGGUUCACUCUAGGUCACUGAAAAAACUCAGGCUUCAAAACCAAUGUGUAUCUUCUUGCCUUUUUACCCUUUUUUAUUUGUCAUUGUGGAAAGUUUUUUAGCACAGCGCUUAAAAACCCCCUUCUGACUGUAGUAGGUGUCUCUCCAUCUUACUGAAUUGAGAAAAGCAAAGAUCUGCUAGUCUUGUUUUACUAGAACCGUAGUUAUAGAUCUGUUUUUUAUAUUUAGCCCCCUUUCAUUGUCAAGCUGCUCUAACUAUAGUGCAUGUGAGGUAAUUCUUUAGAGGAAAAAAACGCUAUUGGCUUAAACAUGUCGUCAUCUUGCUGUUUUCCUCUUCCCCGUUUUACCCCUGAUCCAUUUUGUGGUGGUCAGUUUCCAGUGAUGUACAGUUUUCUCCUCAGAGUCUAUGGGAGGCGCGGAGCAUGUCUGCGUCCUCUGUCAUGUGAUGAGUAUAUAUUUUUAAAAAGUACCCCCAUAGUUCAAGAUUAUGCUCAUAAAUAGUUAUCUUAAAUUUUUGCUGUUGACGCGGAUGACUUAUAUUUUUCAGUUCAGCAGUGCACUGUUAAAGAAUCCAUUUGUUUUAUUGUUAUUUUAUUGAUAUGCUUGUCUGUGUUCUACAUGUUGUACUGACACAUUUCGGCGCGAUUACCCCCCAUUUCCCCUUUGAUAUUUUUAAAAAUCUCAUCCCUUCCAAUAUUGUCUAUCGUGGGCCUUACUUUGUCUUUCCCUUAAAGUAGCUGUUUUAAAGUUGCCAUGGAACCACUCACUGCCUUAAUACAGUUGACCACAGUAAGACAAGUUGGAAAAAAGUCGGGCCAGGAUCAUAUCGCCUCCCAAAUAAUAUCCCUAAAUAUUGUGCACCUUUUUAGUUUCCAACCAUUUGACCUUAUUUAAAUGUUGAGUGAUACAUUUGUUUUGCCCUGGCAGUGUGUGUAUAUGUGCAAGCUCACAGAUAAAGCACAGUACGAAUGGUUACAAAGCCACAGUCCAUAUUUCACUCUGGUGUGAAAAUCCCCCCCUCGGCCAACGACUCUGCCACUGUUAAAGCUCCUUACACAGCUGCUGGUGGAGAGAGAGAGAGAGGGGAGGAGGGGGGACGGCAAUGCAACACUGGUGAGGUCUGUCAAAUAUAACAGAAGAAAUUUGGUGUGAACCGGUCACUAUUUCUCAGGGUCAAAUGCACACAUAUCCUCCAGCAGUCCAGCCCUCGGUCCCAUGGCCCCCGCCCCCUAUAGCUGCCCCCCCAAUUCUCCUAGACCCCUUUUUGCUUUUCUUUUGGCACUGACAUCUAACUAUCUAACCAACGGAUGAAUGAACGUCUGAAUGUGAACCGUGCGUGAUGUUAAAAUUGGGAAAUGUAUUUUUACAACAUGUGAACAUGUUUUUUCACUCACUCUCAUUGUGAAUUGAUUUUUUUUUCUUUCACCAGACUGCAAAAACAAAAUUUCAAAAAAUGACAAAAAAAAAAAAAAAACUCCUGUAACUAGGCUCUUAAGCUUUAUUUUGUUUUGUUUACUUUUUUAUUAGAAACAAUCAUGUUUGUGAUGGUAACUUCCGAUGGUAAACUCCACACCGUAUUUUAAUAAAAUGUUAAAAAAUAAA